AUGUUCAUUGUUGUGAUAAUGAUGCUGUUGUUGUUGGGGAUUGCUGAGGCGAUGAUGUCUUCGGAAUCCAAGAGGAUGUAUAUCCCGACAUUCAAUGGAGAAGAAAGUGAAUUUCAGAUGUGGUGGAUGCGAUUCAAGGCGUAUGCCACAAUUGCUGGAUUCGCAAUUGCAAUCCAGAGGACAAGGGAUCCAGAUCUCCCACCAAAGGAGGAUGAAGUCCUUGCAGAUGAUGCAGAUGGAAAGAAGAUGAAGAAGUCGCGCGAUGCGAAUUCAUUGGCCAUGGUGACGCUGACGAUGGCGUUCACUUCAGCCUCAAUGAUGGGAAUGAUUGCUGAUGCAGUCACGCCAGAUUGGCCAAAUGGCCUUGCGUACAAGGUGAUUGACAAUCUGUUCAAGCGAUACAGACCUAGUGAUGUGAUGUCAAAGGUCGAGAUGAGACGUGAGAUGGAUCGAGUAAGCAUGAAGAAAGAUGAUGAUCCAAACACAUUGUUUGAACAGAUCAGCCAAAUUGAGAAUAAGUAUGUCAAUCAGAAGUUGAGUUUGGAGGACUUACUUGCGAUUGUAUUGGAUGCUGCACCUAUCAAAUAUGGUGCCACAAUCACAGCAGAAAUGAGAAACAAAGGGAAUGCACUUACAUUGGAGGACAUCCAAGAAGCGAUGCAUGCGCAAUGGCGUAUCAUAUACCCGGCAGCAAAGACAAAGAAAACCUCCACAGCCAAAGAAGUGGAACUUUCAUCAGUGGACAAUGCAGAGGUGAUAUGUUACCGUUGUAUAAAGAAGGGUCACAUGGUUUUCCAGUGUACUGAGGAUAGAGAACGCGGGAGGAACAACAUAACUUGCAACAUCAUGUGUGGCAAGGUUGGUCAUAUUGCGGUGAAUUGUUGGCAGGAUGAACGGAAUGCGCACAAGGCGACAGCAUGGUUCAAGAAGAAGAUCCAAGAUGAGAAGAAAGAUGGGGGCAAUGGCGAAGAUACCGGUCACACGAACAUUGAACUCCUUUUGUGCUCAAUAGAAACUGACAAAUUGAUAUAUAUAACUGAUGCAUUAAUCGUAUUAAAACUAUCUCAAGUUUCUAGAUUGCCGUUAACGGCUGUCAUGGCCAUUUACCAUACGGAGGUGAGUCCAGUACUGUUGAACCAGUGUGAGGCAUCCAAUCCCAGGGAAGUUGCUCUCAUCGGAUAUUACAUUGCACCCUUGCACAUGUAG